AUGGUUUCCAGGAAGAUCACAGACAAGGACAGCUACAAGGUGUGUGUUGUCCUUUUCUCUUUUUUGAAUGUGUUCGACAGUGCCGUCCGUGAGAGGUUUCCCAAGCUGCUGAGACUGGAUGGGCACAGCCUCCCCCUUCCCAUCGCCUUCGAUAUCGAAGCCCCGACGACGCUCCCUCCAGGCAAGGGCAGUUACUUUGGCUCCGAUGACAUCAAGAGCUUGAUCCUGCGCUUCUUGGAGCAGUAUUACAGUGUGUAUGACUCUGCGGACAGGCAGCCUCUGCUGGAUGCCUAUCACGAUGGAGCCAGCUUCUCCCUCGCUGUGCCCUUCACCACGCAGAACCCCUCCAGGAGCAGUCUGGGGGAGUAUCUGAAAGACAGCCGGAACUUGAAGAAACUGAACAAUCCUGCCGCUCGGUUCCGUCUGUUGAAGCACACAAGGCUGAUGGUGGUGGCUUUCCUGAACGAGCUCCCCAAGACGCAGCAUGAUGUCAGCUCCUUCGUGGUGGACGUGAGCGCGUGCACUAACACUCUGCUGAGUUUCACAGUCACUGGAGUGUUUAAGGAAGUUGAUGGCAAGGCCCAGGACUCUGUGAGGGCGUUCUCGAGGGUGUUUGUCACGGUGCCUGCUGGGAACGCUGGGCUGUGCAUUGUGAAUGACGAGCUGUUUGUUCGCAACGCCUCGACGGAGGAGAUCCGCAGAGCCUUCGCCACGCCGGCCCCCACCCCCUCCAGCAGCCCCGUGCCCAGCCUCUCUGCCCCGCAGCAGGACAUGCUCUCCGCAUUCUCCCUGCAGUCCGGCAUGAACCUGGAGUGGACGCAGAAGUGUCUCCAGGAUAACGAAUGGGAUUUUAACAGGGCUGCUCAGAUCUUCACUCAGCUGAAGGCGGAAGGGAAGAUCCCAGAUGUUGCUUUCAUAAAGUGAGAGGAGGAGGAGGAGGAGGAGACGGGUGAAGAUCAGACAGAGCGGCUCAGAGACGCUCUUCAUCUACACAAACUUUUAUUUGAACCCUUAUUUCUGACUGUGAACUCUCACCCCCCUCUAUCAGCACAGUGUGAGAUUAUUCCUUUAUUUUAGCACCGCUGCAGGCCCUCGUUUCUGGAGCUCUGCUGGGUGUCUCUCUUGUAUAUUGUUUUAUUAAUAAAGUCCAGACCCUUUUUUUGUUAA